AGCAGAGAGUAUUUAUGAACUUCGUUUUGCCGGAAGUACGGAUCUCUGUAGUCUUUAUCGUGUCGUGAUCCACCGAGCAAAGGCAAAUCGGGUCUUAAUCCUCAUAUAUACACACCUCAUCUGCUCUUCGCGAUCUACAUCUCUUGCGAACUUAGAUCCACGCCAUCGGAAGUACGGCGACAGUGAUGUUGCACGCCGUCGGAAUACUCUCUUUCCUCGCCGCCGUCCUCGUCGUCUCGCCAGUGUUGGCUUCCGAGUCCGAUCACAAGUAUAAGCCUGAUGACCCCGUUACCCUUUGGGUAAAUAAAGUUGGACCUUACUAUAACCCACAAGAAACCUACAACUAUUACAGCCUUCCAUUUUGUCGUCCAUCUGAAAAUGCUCCUCACAGAUGGGGUGGCCUUGGUGAAGUUUUAGGUGGAAAUGAACUUAUUGAUAGCCAGAUCAACAUAAAGUUUCAAAAAAAUGUGGACAAGGGUCAUAUUUGUGAACUUGAACUAGAUGAGACGAAGGUCAGGAAAUUCAAGGAUGCUAUUGAAAACAGUUAUUGGUUUGAAUUCUUCAUGGAUGAUUUGCCUUUAUGGGGUUUUGUUGGUGACCUGGACAGGAACAGUGAUAACAAACCUGUUAUUUUCACCCAUAAAAGUAUAACAGUUAAAUAUAAUAAAGAUCAGAUCAUUCAUGUCAAUCUCAGUCAAGAGAGCCCAAAACCUUUAGAAGUUGGGAGAUCCUUGGACAUGACGUAUUCUGUGAAAUGGACUGAGACCACUAUCAGUUUUGCUCAUCGGUUUGAUGUGUACUUGGAUUACCCAUUUUUUGAACAUCAGAUCCAUUGGUUCUCCAUUUUCAAUUCCUUCAUGAUGGUUAUUUUCCUCACUGGACUGGUAUCCAUGAUAUUGAUGAGGACUCUAAGAAAUGAUUAUGCCAAAUAUGCCCGAGAGGAUGAUGAUCUUGAAUCUCUGGAAAGAGAUGUAAGUGAAGAGUCUGGUUGGAAACUUGUUCAUGGUGAUGUCUUUCGGACACCCUGCAAUCUUGUAUUACUUUCUGCUCUUGUCGGUACCGGUGCACAACUUGCGCUGCUUGUUCUCCUUGUCAUCUUGUUUGCCAUUGUGGGAAUGUUGUAUGUUGGGAGAGGAGCAAUUGUCACAACUUUCAUAGUGUGUUAUGCUUUUACCUCAUUCAUUUCAGGGUAUGUUAGCGGUGGAAUGUACUCACGCAAUGGUGGCAAACACUGGAUCAAGUCUAUGAUUCUCACAGCAUCACUCUUUCCAUUUUUGUGCUUUGGGAUUGGUUUUGCCCUCAACACUGUUGCCAUAUUCUAUGGGUCUUUAGCAGCCAUUCCUUUUGGCACAAUGGUGGUGGUUUUUGUCAUCUGGGGAUUCAUCUCUUUCCCUCUAGCACUACUUGGUACUGUCAUUGGAAGAAACUGGAGUGGUGCUCCAAAUAAUCCAUGCCGUGUCAAGACUAUACCCCGCCCUAUCCCUGUGAAGAAGUGGUACCUGACUCCUUCGGUAGUCUCCAUGAUGGGCGGCUUGCUUCCAUUUGGCAGCAUAUUUAUUGAGAUGUACUUUGUCUUCACAUCCUUUUGGAAUUACAAGGUGUACUAUGUCUAUGGAUUUAUGCUUCUGGUUUUCCUGAUUCUCAUCAUUGUUACUGUUUGUGUGACGAUCGUGGGAACAUAUUUCUUGCUAAAUGCUGAGAAUUAUCAUUGGCAGUGGACUUCAUUCUUCUCAGCUGCUUCUACAGCUGUCUAUGUAUACUUGUACUCUAUAUAUUACUACUAUGUGAAGACUAAGAUGUCAGGGUUCUUCCAAGUCAGCUUCUACUUUGGAUACACACUGAUGUUUUGUCUGGGCUUGGGAAUCCUUUGCGGGGCUGUUGGUUUUCUUGGCUCAAAUCUGUUCGUGAGGAGGAUCUACCGAAACAUCAAAUGUGACUAAUUUGUAACGAGGUCUGAUUCAGUGCUCCUAUUCUGGCGACUAGUCAGAAAAAUUCAAGAAUCUAUUCAAGUAUUGGGCACUGGUAAUGUUUCAGCUGGAUGUUCAGAUUUUGUCAGUGGUAUGUACCUCUUUUGAUUGUGGGGAAGCCCCGAGAAUUUUCCCUCUUCCCCAGGAUGUAAAAACAUAAUUUUCGUAGUUUAGAAUGCAGAGAGAUUACUGUUAUUAUUUGAGGCUAGCACAAUACCAGCUUUACUUGGCAUGUAGUAUAUCAAUAGCCUGGCCUGCUCUACACAAUGUUGUACUCUAACAGAAUUGCUACUUCCUUUUUGUUUUCUAUACCGAUUUCCAUGCAAUUAGAAAGUUUUUUGGAUCA